AUGUAUCCUGCAGCAGCAGCAGCAGCAGCAGCAGCAGCAGCAGCAGCAGCAGCAGAUGCAGCAGCAGCAGCAGCAGAUGAAGCAGCAGAUGUAGGAGAAGCAGCAGCAGAUGUAGGAGAUGCAGCAACAGGAGAUGCAGCAGCAGAAAGCAGCAGAUGGAGGAGCAGCGGCAACAACAGGAACAGCAGCAGGAGAUGCAGCAGCAGCAGCAGCAAGAGCAGCAGCAAUAGCAGCAGCAGCAGCAGCAGCAGCAGCAGCAGCAAUGACGAACCUUCUAAAUUUGGUGCUGCGGUGAUCAUCCUGCAGCAGAUCCUUGAAGUCUGUCUUCAGCUUCCCGCACAGCAUCACAUACAUCUGCAGCAGCAGCAGCAGCAGCAGCAGCAGCAGCAGCAGCAGCAGCAGCAGGAGAAAAUGGGUUAUUAUAUCCAUGUAUAG